AUGCCAUCGCGAACCGCUGUCCAAAUCAUCAGCUCCGGGGUAGUUGGAAUCCGAAUCAUCCCUGCUCCUGGCAUCCGUGACGGCUAUAUCAUUGCAGAGACACGAGCGUUUGCCCUGAACCCGACAGAUUGUCACCAUGUUGAUGGACUAGGUGGUCCAGGGACAAUUGUCGGAUGCGACUGGUCCGGCGUGGUGAAGGAGGUGGAUAGGGAUGUUACACGAUCUAAAAAGGGAGAUGAGGUGUAUGGGAUUUGUCAUGGAGAUAUAGGGAAUACAGUGGAGCUUGAAGAUGGCGCCUACGCGGAUAUCAUUGCCUGUAAGGAACAUGCUGAGUUCCAUAAACCUAAAGAUUUGAGCUUUGAAGAGGCGGCUUCACUUGUUGCUGCGCUGGUGACGGUUGGACAGGCCGACGAUGUUUGUUUACGCAGCGAGUGCGUCGACGGGCACACUGCGAUCCAGGCUGCAAAGUUAUCGGGGUGUCGUGUUUAUGCGGUCUGCUCACCCAGUAACUUUGAUCUUGUCAAAUCUCGUGGUGCGGAUCAUUGGUUUGAUUGCAAUGUGCCGGAAUGUGUUGAACAGAUCCAAAGUGUGGCGGGCUCUUCAAUUACCUACUUCGUUGAUUGCGUUGGAAGCCAGGAGUCAAGCAACUUUUGCGGUAAAGUCUUGUCACCUGCUGGUGGUCACAACCUGAAGGCGCCUUUACCAGAGUCGUUUAAAGCGCUUAGGCCAGAGGAGGCUGCGAUUGCGAUGACCGCAAUAGCGUAUACAUUGCUUGGUGAAACAUUUGAGCUCCCUGGCGGGAUUGUGUUUCCAGCUGACAAGGAUGAAGAAGCAUUUGCGAAGAAAUGGGCUGUUGUUAUCGAGAAGCUGGUUUUGAGUCAGUACAUCAGACCUCAUCCUGUUGACAUUCGCCAGGGGGGGGGGGGUUGGACGGAAUACCCGAGGGCUUGGAUGAACUUAGAAGGGGAGGUACAAGAGGGAAGAAAAUUGUAUAUUCAAGGGGUGGAUGAUGCUUGA